AUGACCCACACCGAAAUAGUUAUACAUUCCGAUCACCUUUCGCACACCUCUCUCCAUCUCUAUGAGGCGCUUGGUCUGGACGUAAAAAUUUACCAGCUGAAGAAUACGCGCAAAAUCGUCAUAACAGGCAAUGAGCGCGUGCAAUUACGCGCAAUGACGGACGGCAUACACGUGAUUCUCAAAACUACAAAUGCCUUGCAUGUUCUUAGUGAGCAAAACAUCGACAUUGACAGACUGAUGGACCGUAACACAGUCACGCUGAGAGACGCUCUGGGGAAUGAAAUACACGUGCAGUUCGAUCCAACGAUCACCCCGAGGAGAAUCGCCGUGCUGACCUCCGGUGGCGAUGCCCCUGGCAUGAACAUGUGUGUGCACGCGAUCGUAAGAACAGCAAUAAGAUGCAACUCGAUGGUGUACGGUGUCUACGAUGGGUAUACUGGGCUGAUCAACGACGGCAUAAAGCGGCUCGGGUUCAAUGAUGUGGUAAAACACGCGCCUAUGGGCGGGACCUUCCUGCGAAGCAGCAGAUGUCCCGAAUUUAUGGAGAGAAGCGGGCGCAAAAGGGCCGUAUGGUGCCUUUUGAAAAAAGGGAUCGACUGUUUGGUUGUCUUGGGCGGCGACGGAAGCGUAAAGGGCGCACAAAUAUUGCGAAACGAAUUCGACGGAUUCGUUGAUGAGUUCGUAUCCGAGGGUGUUCUGAAGUUUGAAUGCGAGGAGACGAGCGAGACUAACAGCAUUAGUGGCAGCAAAGAAGAAGCACAGAUGGUUGAUAAAAGUCCUAGCGUUUGUAAUGAAGCGGCCAGAGACGUAGAAAGCAAGAAUGCCAUGGCUACGAGGAUCUCAAAACAUGGUGAUACGUUGGUGCUCUCCAAUAGAUACAGUCUUAAGGUGGUGCACAUACCUUGCUCGAUCGACAACGAUAUCCCAUCCACAGAUACGAUGAUAGGCUCCGACACCGCGCUUCAUCGCGUGAUAGAGUGCUUUGAUUCGCUAUCGUUCACCAUGGACUCGCACAGACGCGCUUUCGUGAUAGAAGUGAUGGGCCGCCACUGCGGAUUCAUAGCGCUUAUGUCCGGUUUUGCGGUCAAUGCCGAUUUUGUGCUCUUGCCAGAGAGCACUAAUGCAUCAUGGAAGGACAAGGUGAUCGGCUGCAUAAGAAAGGUCCGAAAGGAUGGCAAGAACGGUAUUGCGGUGAUACUGGCCGAGGGAGCAACCGAUCCAAUGGGUAAAAAGAUAAAUGCCGAGGAUGUCAAAGACCUGAUUGUGAAAGAAACGGGAAUAGACAGCCGUGUGCUCAAGCUUGGACACAUCCAGCGCGGAGGCGCACCCUCGGCGCGCGAUCGCAUACUUUCUGUGCUGAGUGGCAUGGAGGCAGUAAGCAACCUGUUGUACGGCGUUGAAACGGCUGUGUCAAUAUGCAGCCAAAACAACAUGCUCAGAAGAGUCGGGAUGAAGGAAUUGAUCGAGGAGUGCGAGCGUGUGAGGGGGAAUGUGGAAGGAAGCAGAGGAAGCUUUUUUAGGAUGGCACAUUCCCUGCUCGAAGAACUGCGUGCCUACGGCAAGAAAGACAUAGACGAGAAUAUUGAAUGUAAUCGAGUUCACAUGAACAAUACUGUCAUCAGAACUGAUCAGAAACCUGAUUUGAAAAAUAGCCGUGGCCGAGCUGAGGCGAAGACCAGCGGAGUGGCGAGUACCAAAACAGGUGCUAAAAUCAUACCUAAUAAAAUACUCGUGUUGCAUCACGGCAGACGGGUGCCUGGUAUGAACGUGGCACUCAACACUAUUGUAGAGUACUGCCACCAAAUGAAUCAGCAGCUCUUCUGCUCCGAGAAUGGCUUUGAAGGUCUUCUGAACGACAAACUCAUAAGACCAUCAAAGUACGAAUUUUUAUCGAUGAUACACGACGGUGGCAGUGUCAUCGGAUGUUCAUUUGGGGGAGAAGACGCGCAUCGCAUCGUUGAUAAGUUGGUGUACCACGGUAUUAGGAAUGUGGUAAUGAUGGGCGGGGUGGAAUGUCUGUGGGUUAUUGAGAGAAUCAGGAACGUUGUUGAGAAGGCCAUAGAAGAAUUAGAGGCCACGAUUAACACCGCAGAAACGGAAGCUAACAAGACGAGCAACAAUAAAAAUGAACAGAAAGAAACGAGCAAGACCAAUGAAAAAACAGCAGAUACCAGGGAAGAUGCAAAGAACGACGGAGAAGCUGCUACCCGUGCACAUAGAUUGCGCAUUCUUAAAGGCUUUAGAGUUAUUCUCAUUCCCUUUUCACAGGAAAACAACAUCCCCGGUACGGAAAUGAGCAUAGGAACGGACACGGCUCUCAACUCCAUCACACAUUCAGUUGACCGUGUCAGGCUUUCCGCGACAAGCACACGCAAGCAGGUCUUUCUCGUCGAGGUAUCGGGCACUACGGGCUAUCUCAGCCUGAUGGGCGGAAUAGCAAGCAAUGCCUUCGAAUGUUUCAUACCCGAGAGAGCAGAAUCAAUCGAUUUUCUGAGCAAGGUGUGCAAAAAGAUCAGAAAGCGGUAUGCUAUGAACGAUAAGCAAGGUAUUGUUGUGAUGAGGUGCUCGCAAUCCUUCAACAGAAUGUCAAGUGCUUCACUAUGCACGCUGAUGCGCAGCGAUAACGGGUGCUAUGAUGGGUGUCACGACAGCAGUCAGGCCAUCAACCAUCCGAGCAUGCGUAACGCGAAUAAUGCACAUAACACAUCGUGUGCAAUGCAUAAGGGCUUUGCAGUCAACUUCGUGGUACUGGGCGAAAUACAGGCAGGUUCUAACCCCAGCCCCACGGACCGAAUAAUGUCAGCUGUGCUAGGUAUGAGGGCAAUCAAAUUUUUGAUGGGGAUGGAUGAGGAGAACGUGGACGUAAAAUACGGAGUAAUAGGUCUGGAAGGGCAGUUAAUAAUUGUAACAGAGAUAGAAAAGUCUAUAAAUGAGUACAAGGAUCUGCGAAGAAUGCCCAGAGGAAAUGAAUGGCUGCGCUACGAUUCUAUUUUCAACAUGUUGCAGUAG